AUGACAGACACAGAGACCGGGAUGCUAGACGUGGGAACCCACUGCAAGUUUUGCAGACAGCUGGAUUUUUUGCCUUUCCAUUGCAAGUACUGCGAAGGCGAUUUUUGCGGAGCCCAUCGCACACCUCAACAGCACCAAUGUGAGACAUGGGUGGACCCUCAAGAACACGAGCAGGAUCAGACUCCGAUUUCCGUUACAACUAUACGCAGCGGCGGCGAGGGUCAGUAUUUCAAAUCGCUUUUGCCGGAGAAGGCUCAUGUUCGUGUACAACAAGACAAGACCGCCCGUGGGGCUUCUGGUUCAGGCCUAGAACGCCAUAUAAGCGUGCGGGAAAGACUGGAAACCGCGGGACAGGCUACUGCGGUCGCCAAACUCAAAUCUUUCUUUCAACGACGGUCUUCCGCUUCUAGAGACUCCUUCAAAGCCAAAAACCCUGUAGGACCUGCAGCCCGGAUGGUGGAGCUUGCCAAACUCAGGAAAACUGCUCUAGGAGACUCCUCAGUUCCUGUGGGCAAUCGAGUCUACGUUUACUGCUACGCUGUAGGCGCUGAGAACGAGCAAGAAAGUCAGAUCUGCCACCAGAUUUUUCUGAACAAAGUGUGGCCGGUGGGCCGUGCACUCGACUCCAUAGCCUCGCAACUGAACGUUCUGAACACCAACUCUCAUUUUGCAUCCAGUUCGAACGAAAAGCUGUUCCUAUAUCGAGAAACCCCCACUCCCGUUCAAAACGCCGUGCGAGCCCCAUCCCCGGCCUUGCUAGAGCCCUCCACCAGGGUCCAAACCGAGAUCCACGAUCUCGACACCCUGUUUCUAGUACGCGGCCACCUCCUGCAUUAA